AGCAACUGGAAACCACUGAUCUAAAUUUAAGACUUGUGAUUAUUUAGAUUAAUUGGUUUUAUUGAAGCCCUUUGAUCACUGGUAAUACUGACUGACAACAAGAUGGACCGAUCAGUAUGUAUACAGGCUGCUGGGACUGAUAGGGUUAAUGCUGUGACACACAAAAACUAGAAAAAUGACAGAGGAAGAAACACAGGUGAACAGACGCUGCGCAGUCGUGCUGCCACUAUCAACCUACAGAUGAAAAGAGGAAGUUACAUAAUCUGCUAGAGUUUUAAGUCUCACUGAGGAUUUCAACAUCCAAGAUGAACACAACAUGGAGCUUUCUUCUGCUCUUCCUCUCAGCAGUUACAGGUACGGAGACUGAAUCUGAAGAAAAGGAAUGCCUAAAAAAAUACACCUGUGAAUAUCCUGAAGAAAAACAACUAAGUACUGAUGUUACAAUCAAACGAAGUACCCAGAACAGUGUGCAGGACCAGUACCAUCAUUCACAUAAUGAAAAUCUCAAGCUGGCCAUCAAACGUGAACAUGAGGACUCUUGGGCGUACUGGUGUAAAUCUGUCAAAGGACGCCAUGACACUGAUGUACACGAACUGGUAGUUGAGAUAGACAGCUGCCAGGUACAAUUUAUUCACACUGCGUACAUAGCAGCAAAAACCACCAUCUCAUGUGAUUACAAAGGAAACAAAUACAACCACAGAGACAAGUUUUUCUGCAAACAGAAUGGUUCAGUCUGUGAGGAUAUUUUAUCUCUGAAGUCAGAUGGGACAUUCACUCUCAGAGAAACCAACAGUGGCUUUAACAUGUCCAUCAGUGAUGUGUCCAAACAUCAUGCUGGUGUCUACUGGUGUGGAGUGAAAUCAUAUGACAGAGCAGCACUCAGAAAAAUACAACUGAAGGUAAAAGAUAUUGUUAGCUUCACUAGGUCUCCUACUAUUGGUCAGAAUUUUACAUACUUUUGUAGAUAUCAAAAAGAAUUUUCAAAGAAAUUCAUCUGUAAGGGAGAAGAUCCAUCUAUAUGUGAACCUUUGAGCAUGUCAGACCGCAACAAGAACCCUGGGAAGUUUUCCAUGAAGGAUGACAAAAAUAAGGGAAACAUCACCAUUACAGUGAUAAACAUAACCAAAGAAGACACUGGGACAUACUGGUGUGGGGCAGUAAGCACUGAUCCAAGAAGCAGCAACCCAUUCUUCCACAGAUUUGUGAUGACCGUGGUUCCACCAUCACCGACAUCUCCUGUUUCUUCAACCCAGUCGACUACUGUAUCUGCUGGGAGUCAAGAUGAUCUUGCAGAUAGCCAUCAGCUCAUCAUUAUUGUGGUCGUCUGCGUGUCUGUGCUGCUGCUGCUGCUCAUUUUGAUCCUUGUCUACAAACGACAUUUCAAAAACAAGAGAAAUGCAGCACAGCACAUCAAAGAGGAUUAUAUCUACGAGGAGAUACAGGAGCGCCCUCAGAAGCCCGACUCAGGCCAUGCAAUGAAUUCGAUUUAUGUCACUGCCAACUUUCCCACAAACCCCUCUGCCUCGCUGCAUUACUCUACCGUUAGCUUUAAAAACUGCUCUGGAGAAGCUGGUGGUGAGGGAUUGAUCACCAGACCCUGCUAUUCUGCCUGUGAAUAUUCUACUGUGAAGGACAGCCAAAGUCCAACCAACUCUACUGUCAACCAGCCAUCUUCAGAGGAUCCUCUCUACUCAACAGUCUACAAGCCACAGAAGCAAUGAGGAAUUUAUUUACAAAAUGUAUGGCCAAGAUGUCAAAUCAUUCAUUUUUUAUAUGUUGUUCUUUACGGUGACAUCCAGCACAGACUUUAGGAAGUACAAGAAGACAUUUAGAUAUUGUAAAAAGUGGUUCCCAACUGGUGGGUCGCAGUCCAAAAGUGGGUCGCGGGCCCAUUCUGAAUUGAUGGAAGUGACUUACAAACGUGUCAAGUUUAGAAAAACAAAAACUUUAUUUUUUAGUACAACACAUUUCCAGCACAGGGCUUUUAUUUUGAAGUGCCAUUUUCUGCCAUAGAGUGAGUGACUAACAGACAGCUACUUGACAGAGACAGCAAACUAGCUCAACAACAAGGCCAAAUGACACUUAAUAUAUUAAACUGCAGGUUUAAUGACAAAGGAGAUAUCUGGACCCCAUGGCUGGAGCAGUUGGGAAGCACUGUUAAAAAAUCAUCGCCAAGAUAAUGUGGCAGGUCUUUGGCAUUGAUUGGUAAUGACUCGAUGAGUCCUUUGUGUUUGUUGCUUCUGAAACUCGGCUUGUGUCCGAGCUACUAGUACUGAUAGGAUAUGAUCAAUUAUUUUUUAUUCAUAUUGUAUACUUUAUUCUUAUCAAUUAUUCAUUCAUAUUAUUUUUUUUUCAUUAUUGUAAAUUUAUCACAGAUGCUGUAUAUAGGUAUUGUAUAUAUCAGACAAUAAGUGACAAGAAAUUGCAGAAGUGAAAUGCUUUAGAUGUUUAUUGUUUCAACUGAUGCAGUUACAGUUUGUCCAUGGUUGUCAGGAUGGCAACAUUGGUCUGUCAUUGGUCAGCUCAUCAAUUUAGUUUAGAGUGAAAUAUUGACAAUCAAUAUUACAAAAAUAAUUGGAUGGAUUGUCAUGACAUUUCGUACAGACAUUCAUGUUCCUUACACGAUGAAUCCUAAUGACUUUUGCAGUCUCCUGACUCUUCCUCUAGCGCCACCAUGAGGUUCACAUCUGUGUUUUUCAGAAAAACGUCUUUACAAAUAUUGAAUGGAUUUCCAUGUAAAUUAUUUCAGACAUUUCUGCCAGUCUCAGGAUAAUUUGUAAUAACUUUGGUGAUCAACUGACUUUCAUCCAGUGUCAUCAUCAGGAUUUAUCUGUCCAAUCAUUUGUGACCAAAUAUCUGCACCGCUAGUUUAGUUUAUAACAUAUAUUUGUCAGGGACUGUAUACAACAACUUUAAUUUAACAUGAGAUAAGAUGCGAUGUACUACGUUUAGCUACUAGUUUUAAGUGAACAUAAAACUAAAUUUCUUAAAGUCCAACAUGUUUUGUUUCCUAAGUAUGUCACAGUGAUACUGUUGAAUAUUUCACUGAUGACAUUCCCAUCAGUGUUGUAGAUAAAACGCAAAUGUUUUAAUAAAAUAACAAGAGAAUCUUGAUCAUUUACA